CAGCCAGCCGACUCAUUCAAAGCUCCGACUUCGUUGCGUGCACACAGAGUAGUAGUCCCCCGCCUAGUAGUAUCUCUGCGACUGUGGAUUACGCGAGUCUACUUCACCUCAGUCAACGCCACCAACUACACAAGGAGAGUCUCAUCGAAAAUGGUUCUGGAGAUGGAGAUGUCCAAGACCUAUCAGUACCGCAAGGUGAUGAAGCCCAUGCUGGAGCGGAAGCGCCGCGCCAGGAUCAACAAGUGCCUGGACGAGCUGAAGGACAUCAUGGUCGAGUGCCUCACGCAGGAGGGCGAGCACAUCACGCGGCUGGAGAAGGCCGACAUCCUGGAGCUCACCGUGGAGCACAUGAAGAAGCUGCGCGCCCAGAAGCAGCUGCGUCUGUCCAGUGUCUCCGCUGCCAGCCCGGCGGGCCCUCAAGAUCCCAAGCUCAGCAUUGCCGAAAGCUUCCGGGCGGGCUACGUGCAUGCCGCCAACGAGGUGUCCAAGACCCUGGCCGCCGUGCCCGGCGUGAGUGUGGACCUCGGCACCCAGCUGAUGAGUCACCUGGGCCAUCGCCUCAACUACCUGCAAGUGGUGGUUCCCUCGCUGCCCAUCGGAGUGCCCCUCCAGGCUGCCCAGGAGGAUCAGGCCAUGGUCACCCCACCGCCCUCGGAGUGCGGCAGCCUGGAGAGCGGAGCCUGCAGCCCGGCGCCCAGCGAGGCCAGCUCCAGCGCCUCCGGCCCCAUGUGGCGGCCCUGGUGAGCCCUGGACCCCAGCGGAUCUUCACCUGGAUCGCCUUCAAGCGGAAGGCCACUACAAAUCGACGCCCCAAAAGGUGCUGGAAUGGAAACCGCACCGAAGACUGUGGAGCCCCUCAAACGCUGCCCAGGACUAGCUCCUCCAGCAGGCCCGCGCAGGGUCACCCAUCUCUAGCAGAGCCUCAGUUCCCGGCUAUAGAGAUUGCUCACCCAUUGGAAAUGUAGAAAAACCAACCUGAAUAGAACUGAAAAUGAAAAUAAAUGAAAUUCCAACCCAAGAA